AUGGGAAAAAUAAAAGAGAAUGAAGAGAACUAAAAAUCACGGAAAAAUCUUCUAAAUUUUAUCAACUUUAAGAAAUCAAAAGGAAUAGUUAGGAAAUCCAUUAAUUAGAAGGAAAGAUUUCUUGGUUAUGAUGAUAUUAUUUUCAGUAAAAAAUAAUAUAUUUUAGGUUCAAAUAAUUUAAGAAAUUUCUAAUUAUAAAGAAUUUAAAGGAAGAUUUAAAGAAUUAGAUAAGCUAAAAUAUUUAAUAAAUGUAAAUACUAUUGCAAUCAUUAUUAAAAUGAAAAAAUUUCUGCAUUUAAUUUAUAGGAAGAUAGAUUAUAAUGUAUAUAUCAUAAUGGAGAAAACAAAAAAGCAAUAUCAUUUCAAAAGUGUUAAGAGUAACUUGAAAUUUAUUCAAAAUAAGAAGAGUAAUUAAAAUUAUAAAUAUAGAUAUUUUAAAAAAUUAUAUGAGAUGAAAAAUUCAAUAUAUUCAUUGCGAUUCAUUUUAAAUUGUAUAAAAAAGAAGAUUUUAAGUUUUUAAAAAAAGUAAAAAUAUUUUCAAGAUAAUUAAAAAGAAUUUGAUAAUUUGUACUAAUUGAAUCCAACGAUUCAUAUUAAUACUUAUAAAAAUCUUGAUAGGUUUUUAAAAUAAAAUCAAGAAUAUAUUGCACUAAAUAUGUCAGAACAACAAGAAAUAACAAAUUACGAAUGUGUUUUAGAUCCUUUUAAAAAAAAGAUUUAGUAAAUUUAAAUAAUACACAGCAAUUUUCUUAAUAGUUUAAAGCCUUGCAAAUUAAAAAUAAUUUUAGAAUUAAUUAGGAACAAUUUAAUUGAUGGUUUUCAUUUAGAGGCUUAAUAAUUGUCAACAUUAUAGGACUUAUUCAAUUGGGUGAAAUAGAAGUUUAAUUGGGAUAAUAAUAAAUCCUAAUUUACAGUAUAUAUUGACUAUAUGAGUAUGAUGAAUUUUCAAUAAUAAUAUUCAUCUGUUCAAUUUGUUUUAUAUUAUCAGUAACAAUUAUAUAUUUUAAUUAUUUAUUUAAAUAUGAAAUAUUAAAUACACAAUUUUUAUAUGAUUAUAAUUGAUAAAGAUUAUUUUUAUUAAGAUAAUUAAUAAAGUAAUUAUUAAAUAUGUUUAGAUGAUAUGAAUAAUAAAUUGAUGUGCACCAAUUAGAUUAUAGAAUUAGAUGUUUAAUAGAUUGAAUAUUUUGAAGUUUAAAAAUUAAAUAAAGCUAAGAAAAGAGAUAGAUGGAUGUUAAAAGUCUGUAAUGUAGUGAGGAAGAUUGCAAUGUGUUUGUUUUAUAUAGAAGGAGAAUUAAAUUUUUUUGAAAUAAGAGAGAUAAAAAAGAUGAGNCAUAAUGGAGAAAACAAAAAAGCAAUAUCAUUUCAAAAGUGUUAAGAGUAACUUGAAAUUUAUUCAAAAUAAGAAGAGUAAUUAAAAUUAUAAAUAUAGAUAUUUUAAAAAAUUAUAUGAGAUGAAAAAUUCAAUAUAUUCAUUGCGAUUCAUUUUAAAUUGUAUAAAAAAGAAGAUUUUAAGUUUUUAAAAAAAGUAAAAAUAUUUUCAAGAUAAUUAAAAAGAAUUUGAUAAUUUGUACUAAUUGAAUCCAACGAUUCAUAUUAAUACUUAUAAAAAUCUUGAUAGGUUUUUAAAAUAAAAUCAAGAAUAUAUUGCACUAAAUAUGUCAGAACAACAAGAAAUAACAAAUUACGAAUGUGUUUUAGAUCCUUUUAAAAAAAAGAUUUAGUAAAUUUAAAUAAUACACAGCAAUUUUCUUAAUAGUUUAAAGCCUUGCAAAUUAAAAAUAAUUUUAGAAUUAAUUAGGAACAAUUUAAUUGAUGGUUUUCAUUUAGAGGCUUAAUAAUUGUCAACAUUAUAGGACUUAUUCAAUUGGGUGAAAUAGAAGUUUAAUUGGGAUAAUAAUAAAUCCUAAUUUACAGUAUAUAUUGACUAUAUGAGUAUGAUGAAUUUUCAAUAAUAAUAUUCAUCUGUUCAAUUUGUUUUAUAUUAUCAGUAACAAUUAUAUAUUUUAAUUAUUUAUUUAAAUAUGAAAUAUUAAAUACACAAUUUUUAUAUGAUUAUAAUUGAUAAAGAUUAUUUUUAUUAAGAUAAUUAAUAAAGUAAUUAUUAAAUAUGUUUAGAUGAUAUGAAUAAUAAAUUGAUGUGCACCAAUUAGAUUAUAGAAUUAGAUGUUUAAUAGAUUGAAUAUUUUGAAGUUUAAAAAUUAAAUAAAGCUAAGAAAAGAGAUAGAUGGAUGUUAAAAGUCUGUAAUGUAGUGAGGAAGAUUGCAAUGUGUUUGUUUUAUAUAGAAGGAGAAUUAAAUUUUUUUGAAAUAAGAGAGAUAAAAAAGAUGAGAAGGGAAGAAAUUGAAAACAUAAUUUUAAUAAUUUUUAAUGUGUUGUUUUUUAUAUAUAAUUAAUUAAGGAUGUAUAAGAGAAUAUAAGCAAAUGUGAGAAGUAAAGAGGAAGAUGAAGAUUUUUUUGAAUGGAAUCAAAUGUAUGUUUAAUAAGAGAUGGAGAGUGAUAUUGAAUGUUAUAAUUGUUAAUUGUGUGAUCGUCAAUUUGGUAAAAAUGAAUAUGAAUUAAAUGCUCAUAUAAAUUCACAUGAUCACAAAAAGUUGGAGAAAGAAUUUAGAAAGAGAUAUAAUAAUUUGAUAAUAGAAUAUAGAUUGAGCACAUAUUCAUAGAGAAUAGGAAGAAAAUUGAAAAAACUACAGUAUUUUAAGUGCAUAUAUGAAUACAAAUGA